UCUUCCGUUCUAGUUUAUUUACAGAUUUUUCUUCAACUUUUGAUUUUUCAUUUGGUCAAUUUUUUUUUUUUUCAAAAAUUUUGGUCAAAAAGUAGUAUAUAUAUUAGGUAUAUCAUUUUUUUACUCAAUUUUCUUUUUAAAUUUCAAUUUGAUUAUAAAAAGUAGGUGAUAAUUAUAUUUCUUAUUAUUUUUUUUUGUCUCCCUGUUUGGUUGAAUUGUAACCAGUGAAUUUUUAGAAUAAAUAUAAAAUGUUGAUAGAAAAGAUUGAAUGGUCCUUUGUAUUCUGCACCAGUUUGAAGUCAAGUUAAAUUAUUAUACUUUUGUAAUGAAAACUCCCUCAAUUAUAGACAUGCUCAAUCAUAGGAUGUUCACCAUGAAGCCAUGAAAGUCUAACAGUUCUGAUGUCUCAUCAUCGCAAUUCCUUUGUGUUCAGUCUAGAGUUGGUUUCUUAGGAAUUCUGGAUGCAUUUAGAUUUAAUUAAAGGGUAUUUCCUUAAGCUUGAAGAGUGAGAGUUUAUUUUUAACAAGAUUUAGAAAAUCGUUAUUCCAUCUCCUUUUUCUGUUGAGAAGAUCUAGUGCCAAUGUAAUCGUCUGACCUCUUGUUUUGUAUAGAUAGAUCAUUUUAAUAACUCUGUUAAAAAAGAUUUUUUGGGAGGUGUCUGUACAGUUAUUUGCAUAAUUGAGGCGAGUAAUUGCAUUCCAGAGGUUUUUUUCCAGUGGAAAUUGAAAGAGUGAUUGUUUUAAUAAACAUGUCUCAUGUUCGAAAAUAAAAGCUCCCAGUGGGAAGGGAGGUAUGUGUAGUUACCUAUAUGUUUCAUGGAUGUGGUGGGAAAAUUUUGGCCUUGUAAAUAUAAGUCAUCAUUGUAGCUUCUGAGUUGUCAUAGCCAUAGCCAGGGAAAGAAACUUGUACCUCACAGUUCUCUUGGCAAUUUGUGUAGCGUUGAUGUCUGAUGCCCUCGGUGUAUCAUGGAGUAGAUUGUUAUCAUGUCAAGUCUAUUGUUUUUUUGUGUCCAUGAAUCAUGUAAAUUUUUGUGUAAUAAUGAAUAAUUUAUUUUAAGUUGUUAGAUUAUUGUAUCAGAGUCCAGAUUUACUGCUUGUUACAUCCUGAAAGUUGUCAUCACUCCCAACUGUUACCGUGUUUGUCUGUGGUUUACCAUGCAAUAAGAUUAUGGUCAUUUUGAAUGUUUUAGGUUUUGAACUGUUAAAAAUUUAUAUUUUUAUACAAUGUUUCAGGCAGAAAUACACAGACUUUUUUUUUUUAAAAAGGAAGAUUCUGAUUUUAUUUGUUUAGAUGAUUCAAAAUGUCAAGUGCAUGGUUGCUGUGUUUGCUAUCCAAUGAAAUCAGAUCAAAGCCAACAACAUGCGGUCACUAAUGCAUACAAAAUGCCCAUACUUGUAAAUCAUUGUUUCAAAAUCUAUAGAACCAUCUUGGGUCUGAGUUCCAGCCAGACUUUGCCUUAAGCUUCUACCAUGAUCAUCUUUGGAGGCAAACACAGCAAGGUGCUUGGACCAUCAUGUCUUUUGUCACGUGACCUGCUGUAUCCAUCAUACCAUGAAUAAAACAACCAUCAUUCA